AUGGGCUUCACCACCGGCUUCCUUGGAGGCGUCACCCUCACAUCGGCCGUCCUCUACCUCACAAUAUCUCUACACACACAGAACCGCGCAACACAGGCCGCGCUCCUACGCCAACAGCGCCAGGUCCUCGCCGACUUCUAUGAGCCGAAGAAGCCAGAACCAGAGCCGACCAGUCGGGAGGCACCCGUUGGACUGGCAGAAAUGGCCAAGGACAGGUGGAACAGGAGCCUGGAGGAGGGUGUGAAGAAGGUGUACACGACGGACUGGCGGAAGGUGCGGGAGGAGGCCGAGGACAGAGCGAGCGUGAUUUUGCAGAGAAUCCGGGAAAGCACCAAAUGA